AUGCAGGGCGUUUUACUUUUUUUAUCCCUCCUUGUUGUCGCCAUUGUUAUCGCCAGCGGGGCAGACACUGCUGGCUCGCCGGUUCUCCAGAGUUACUUGAGGCCGUUCCCGGCCGCGCCCUUCUUCAAUAACACAUCAGCCGAAAUUCUUAUGCUAGAAACGAAGAUCGAGCAAGCUACUAAGCUAGCCAAUGCACACUGGAAAGCCAGACAUGGCCGACGACAGCCGGUCACGGCUGUUGCUGUACUCAAUGUUUUGCUCAUGGCGUCUGUGGUGUCCUUCAUUGUUCUACGCUGCUUUGCAGCUUUGAACGCAAGACAAAGAUGGUCUAGUGCAAUACGCACACUGGCAGAGAGAGGAAGGGAUGGCGACAACUGCUCUUGGCGCCUCGCAGUAGUGCUUGCCCGCAAGUUGCUUGUUUGCGCUAUUCCAGGUUCAGGUGCAGUUGCUUGGGCAUGGCAUUCUCUGUUUUGCGUGCACGGAGCUCCUGUUGUUCCUUCGCUACUGAUUUUCCCCCUUGCCGCCGUUCACCAUGGCCGUGGCGGAGGUCAGGAGGUCUGUGUUACGCUCGGACGUGCCCGUGUAAAGCCACAUCGUUGUUUUUUUGUUUCGGAAAGUGCAUGUACCGUUGGGGAAUUUUUGCCUAUUCAGGAAGUAAACCAAUUUGAUGCUCUCAGCUUCAGGAGGUGUGUUGUGGUUUUGAGACAGCACGAUGAUUACAGUAUGAGCAACGGGAAUAUGCGUAUGGGCAGAGUGUUACUACAUCUUAUGCUUCACCUGAGAAGCGGAGGAGGAGUAUGGGAGCCGCGUUUCAUUGGCGUGGUCACCGUGUGGGGCGCCGCAGUUCUGCACUAUCCACAACGGAAUGUUGGCGUUGGCAUGGCGGCAAUUGACAUGGCCGUUAUAGAUGUGCUGCUGAACUGCGCAGUGGAAUUCCAUGUGGCGGCUGGAUGUGGAGGGGAAGGGGAGGAGGAGCAAGGCUAUUUGCAGCCUCAGUUGAAGAAUGCUUGGAUGCUGGUCACUGAGCAUCGGCAGGAUGGCGUUGAAAGACUUUGCGUUGCCAUCAAGCAAGUAGAGGAGCGGCAUGGUACUGUUGGAAGUCUGAGGGACGUCGGUGGUUUGGUGUGCUUGUGGUCAUUCGCUGCGUUUUGCAACGUUGUGAAUGUCAAGCACUACAGUGGUCGGUGUGCCGUUGGGCACUGCAUAACCAGGGGUUUUGACCAUGGCGAUGACUGCCCACGGUACUGUAAAAGCCCAAGGAGCAUGAUGGCUCCCGACGCAAGUGAGAAGCCAAAUGAGUGGGUUGGAGUCCUCGAGGGGUGUGGUUGGCUGGUGUGGCCACCGGAUUAUUGUAUAAUUGUUAUGUCCAUUUUUGUUCUGUUGGGGAGCGUGAAUGGGGUCUGUGCACGUGUGAUGGUUUUGUUUUUGUAUGGUUUUGUUAUUGCGUACUGGCAUGACUAUGUAUUGCUCGCAGAGAGCUUAUGUGUGAAGCGCGGUGGGUCUAUCUUAAUGAGGCAAAUCAUUUGUGCGGCUAGGCUGGGUAUGCAGCUGUGCACGUGUGAAGGGUUUGCUAUAAGAGUGGGUUGGUGUGGUCGAGUGGUGUGGGUGUGGGUGGUUGAUGCUGCUGGAUCAUUGCGGUAUGAUUGUUAUGCUGGCUUUUGUUCUGCGACGGAGCAUGAAUGGGGUAUGAGCAUGCCGGCCGCAUGGCAGCGUUCAGUGCUAGAUGUAUGUGAGAUGGAGUUGCCGGUUUGCGACUACGUGAGGUUGUGGGGUAACAGCACGGGAGGUGGGGAGUAUGAGGGAGGAUUAGGAAGCCGUUGCGCGAAGUAG